GCUCGUUAUUUGGACCAGUAGCCGAAAAUGUGUUAGGACUGUCGUUAAACGCCAGUUUGCUGGACAUUGCAUUUUAUUUUUCUGUACAGUAAUAUUGUUUAUCAAUAGCAGACAACGCAAAUAGAUGGCGUAAUUGGACACAGGGCACCUAGGGGCAAUUCAGAGUCUCCAAUCAAUGCACGUUUUGUGUGACGUGGGAGGAGCGCCUGGAGAAAACCAACGCAGGCACGGCGAGAACGUGCAAACACCACACAGGAGAAAGAGCUGGACGAUGGACCCCGAGAUUUCUUUGUUGCUGCACUGUGCGGCCUGGCGAGGCCUCCGGCAGCCCCAAGUGCAGGUGGAGCUGUCCGAAAGGUAUAACCGGCAGACGGACGGAGCUCUCCAACGUCACAUCGAGGAGGUUUGGACGGCGCGGGUGUCCAAGGAGCCUUGGCUUUUCAACGGCGCCAAAUUUCGGCUGCACUCUUUCCGCGCCCCGUCGGCCGCCGCUCAACAGUCGGCCUGCGCGCCGUCGUCCCCAAAGGUGGACUGCGUUGGUAGCCAAACGACCGAUGACAAGGACGGUACGCCGCUGCUCACGCUGAGGGUAGGCCUCACCUCGUACAAGGACUACCUCGGCACCAACUGGUCGUCCCGAGCGUCGGAGCUCCGCAGACGCGGCGAGGUGGAAUUGGGCAGCAGCCAGGCGCUGUUGGCCCAGCCUUUAGGAGUGGGCGCCGUCGUGUGUACGGGUGACGGACAGGUGGUGUUCAUCAGGAGGAGCCGGGAGGUGGCGGAGGCGGGGGGGAAGCUGGAUAUUCCCGGCGGCCACCCAGAACCCAAGGUUGUGUGCGAGCGACUUGGUGAGGCGAAAAUCGACGUGAAGCUGCUGGAGAGGAGUUCCGAGGCUGUCGUCGCCGAGCUUUUUUCGUCUGUUUGCGCUGAAAUUAGAGACGAAGUAAACAUUCCUCUGAAUUCCCUCGGCGAGCCGCUGUUGAUGGGCGUGGCCUUGAAUCACACGAGUGCCGGAAGACCAAGUGCCGAAUUCUUCGUCAGUUGUUCGCUGUCAUCGGAUGAAGUCCGAGAGCUGUACUGGAAAGGAGGAGCGGAGGCCAACGAGUCUACGGACAUAGUGUUCCUCAGUCGAGCGGAGACAUUGCGACUGGACGCAAGCAGUCCACUGUGGCCGGAGCUGUGUCCUUCCGCCAAGGGAGCUGUGCUGCUUUUCCAGACUGUCAAGCCGGAAUUGUAAUUAUUAUUAUUU